CGCGCCGCGGCCCCGGGAGGAUGGUGUCCCAGCUGAGCGCCCUGCAACGGGAGCUGCUGGGCGCCCUGCUCAGCUCCGGGGCCACCAAGGAAGGGCUGAUCCGCGCCCUGGAGGACAUGGUGCCCGCCGCCGGCUUCGGCGUCAAGCUGGAGAGCCUUCCGCUGUCUCCCGGCGGGCCCCCCGACGGCAGGGCCGCCCUCCCGCCGCUGGCCAACGGGCACGGCAAGGGCAAGCUCUCGGGCGACGAGGGCUCCGAGGACGGCGACGACUUUGACACGCCGCAGAUCCUCCGCGAGCUGCAGUCGCUCAACACGGAGGAGGCCGUGGAGCAGCGGGCAGAGGUGGAGAGGAUGAUCAGUGAGGACCCGUGGCGGGCAGCGAAGAUGAUCAAGGGGUACAUGCAGCAGCACAACAUCCCGCAGCGGGAGGUGGUGGAUGUCACCGGCCUCAACCAGUCCCACCUCUCCCAGCACCUCAACAAGGGCACCCCCAUGAAGACCCAGAAGAGAGCUGCCCUGUACACGUGGUACGUCCGCAAGCAGCGGGAGAUCCUCCGCCAGUUCAACCAGGCAGUCCAGGGUUGUGGAAAUAUGACAGACAAAGGCAGUCAGGAUCAGCUGCUGUUUCUCUUUCCAGAGUUCAAUCAGCAGAACCAGGGGGCUGCCCAGCUCGACGACGCCUGCUCUGAAACCCCCAGCAAGAAGAUGCGGCGCAAUCGGUUCAAGUGGGGGCCGGCCUCCCAGCAAAUCUUGUACCAAGCCUACGAGCGCCAGAAGAACCCCAGCAAGGAGGAGCGGGAGACCCUGGUGGAGGAGUGCAACAGGGCCGAGUGUCUGCAGCGAGGAGUGUCCCCCUCCAAGGCUCACGGGCUGGGCUCCAACCUGGUGACGGAGGUCCGUGUGUACAACUGGUUUGCCAACCGGCGCAAGGAGGAGGCUUUCCGCCAGAAACUGGCCAUGGACGCCUACAGCUCGGGCCAGCCCCCGCACAGCAUGAACCUGCUGCUGUCCCACGGCUCCCCACACCACAACCAGCCCAGCACCUCCCCGCCCAGCAAAAUGCCAGGGGUCCGGUACAGCCAGGCGGCGAGCGGCGAGGCGGCGUCCUCGGGGGCCAUCAGCCACCACGGCAGCGGUGCCAUGGUCACCACCAGCCAGGCUGUCCUGCAGCAGGUCUCCCCGGCCAGCCUGGACCCGGGCCACGGUUUGCUCUCUCCCGAAGGUAAAAUGAUCUCCGUGUCGGGGGGCGGGCUGCCCCCGGUGAGCACCCUGACCAACAUCCACAGCCUGUCCCACCACAACCCGCAGCAGUCCCAGAACCUCAUCAUGACGCCGCUCUCGGGAGUCAUGGCCAUCGCCCAGAGUCUGAACACCUCGCAGGCUCAGAGCGUCCCCGUCAUCAACAGCGUGGCUGGCAGCCUGGCAGCCCUGCAGCCGGUGCAGUUCUCCCAGCAGCUGCACAGCCCGCACCAGCAGCCGCUGAUGCAGCAGUCCCCGGGCCACAUGACGCAGCAGCCCUUCAUGGCCACCGUGACCCAGCUGCAGAACUCACACAUGUACGCGCACAAACAGGAGCCUCCCCAGUAUUCCCACACCUCCCGCUUCCCCUCGGCCAUGGUGGUGACGGACACCAGCAGCAUCAGCACACUCACCAACAUGUCUUCCAGCAAGCAGUGUCCCCUGCAAGCCUGGUGAUGCUCCACACCUCGCUGCUUUUGCACAUAGCAACGGGAUCUUAUUUUCCACAACAUCCCGCCGGCGAGCCGCGCUCACAGCCCGGGAGUCGCCUGCCUGCCAGAGCGCAGCCCAGCAGCGAGGAGCCCGACACGGAGCCGGGGCUCGGGGCUCCCCGCGGCCCUCCCGGGGACCUGCCCGGAGCCGCGGCGCCCGGCCGGGACCUGCCUCUCCUUCCCUCCGCGCCGUGUUUCCAAGAUGUGUCUUGGGGAUUAUUUUGCCGAAGUGUUUGCCUUCCGAGAGGCUCUCCCGAGGAGCAAGGCACGAGCUGUGCUGGGGACUGGCAGAAGGGGAAGAUGGAUCAUGUUUUAAGUUAUACUCCUCCACUCGGACUGAGAGGGACCGGGGUCUGUUACUUGGCGUUUGGAGGGAGGAAUUGCAUGUGUUGUUGAACUGAGCCAAUCAAACUGUAAAUAUAGGUACAGUCUGCUCCAUCCUCCCCCCCUCCCCACCCCUAUACAUAGAGAUUUAUAUAAAAAAGAAGUAAAUUUUGUCCAAUGGAUGUAAACUACUGUAAUUAAGUGCAAUUCCCCCAUCUGUAUAUAUUGGUCCUGAAUAUCUUCUUUUUCUCUUUUUUUUUUUUUUUAUGGUAAAGGUCAGAGCUGAGGAUGGUUUUGGUUUUGUAUUCCUCUUUUUCCUUUAAAUGAGUUAAUUCCAGUCCUGGGGCUGGCAAGGACCCUGGUCAGGCAGCACUGGGCUCUGCUGUGCAGGGGGACAGGCAGACACGUGUCCCCUGCACGGUGACAUCCCACGUGAAGGAAGGGCACAGGGCGAGCUGAGCGGAGCCCUGGCAGGACCUGGAUGAUCCAUGUGGGGACAGCUGCAACUACCAAUCAAUCUCAAUGGACUUCCCUGCUCCUGGGGACUCUGAGGUGGGCUCUGGUGGGGUGGGGAAGGACUCAGCAGCCUGGUGAACACAUCCAGCUGCUGGGAAGUGCCAGCAGCUUCCAGGUGAGCCUGGAGCACUUGCUGCUACAGAGCGAAUGAGGCCACAGGGAAUUCUGAUGGGAUCUCCCCCAUGGGUUCAGACACUCUCCCUUUUCUCCUCUCUUGGGGCACAGAAGGGAGUGCCCAUCACUGCCUCAUCUCCUGCCCAGUGAAUGGCCAGUACAGGUGGCUUCUUUCCACCUUCAGCAGUUGAUGAUGAACCUUGUUGGCUCCACCCUUAGCCGUGCACAGGGUGCUCUCGUCCUCGUGGUGCCCUGGAUGGAUGGAUGGAUGGAAUAUGGGCUGUGCUGUGAGCGCUCCAGCUGCUGCCCUGUCUCAGCUGGCAGCAGCUCCUGCAUGGAAAGCUCUGCAGAAACAUCUCCAGCCUGUGAAUGAUCCCAGCUCUGUGCUGAGGGCAUGCCCAGCCCCUCAGGCACUCGCUGAGGACACACACCAGAGCCCUGGAGGAGUCUGGGUGCCCAAGUCCGACCUCCCAAAGCCAUGGAAGCUGUUAAAGGCAUCGUCUGCCCUCUGUGAGACACGAGCUCCUCUGUACCUGCUCCCCUCUGUAAAUGGAUCUAAUGCUCCCCAGUUGUGCUGAUUUUUCAUUAACCGUGUGGCAUGUGCCAACUGCUGAGAGGGAUUUAGAGAGGUGGACAGCAGCAGAGGUGCCCAUGGACAGAUAGCCAUGCUAAGAAGGAGAGCACUGGAUGCUCUCUUUGGGCUGACAAAGGCUCUUUGACUCAGUUGUCUGCACAGUGGGACCCUCACCCUCGCUGGGACUGACAGGAGCUGCCCACUGGCGAAUAAGUCAUCAGGAAUUUGGAGAACAAUAUUCAGAAUUACAUUUAAUUUAAUGUAUACCAUAAUUAAACACCAUUUCUUCUGA